CGAUAUGAUAUAAGCGCUGAUAGCGGCUAAAACUUUCUUAAAUACUGGAGCAAUUGCCAUUGCUAAGCUAUUGCCCACUUGUUGUCACAGCGAGCAGACAACAUGGCACGCGUCGUAGUUCAACUAACAGCAGUGCUGCUCCUGCUAGCCUGCGCCUAUCGCACUCAAGCCUUUCCGCCCUUCGAGGAGCUGCAGCGUUUCGAGCAGCCAGCACUGCGUGCGGAGCCGCUAGCCGACGGAGAUACCUAUCGCCUGCCCAAUGAUACGCUGCCAAGUCAUUACGCCGUAGAACUUUGGACUAACGUGCACAAUGGCGAGACUGCGUUCACAGGCAAGGUUGCCAUUAGCCUGAAGGUGUUGAAGGCCACAACCGAAAUUGUGGUGCAUCAGCGUCAGUUGGAGAAAUUCUCGGCUGUCAUACGCAAGACUGGCACAACUGAGGAUAAGAAGCUAGAAAUCAGCCAAGAUCAGGAGCGUGAGUUCCUCAAAUUGAGCGCUACAGGUUUGACUUUUGAGGCAGAUAGUGAAUGGCUGCUCACCAUUGAGUAUGAGGGCAAGCUGCGCAGAGACAACGGCGGCUUCUACUUGUCCACCUACACGGAUGCCGAAGGCAAAGAGAAAUAUCUGGCUACCACACAAUUCGAGUCCACAGAUGCGCGUCAUGCCUUCCCCUGCUACGAUGAGCCCGCCAAGCGUGCCCAGUUCACCAUAACCAUAAAUCAUGAUGUUAGCUACAAUGCCAUCAGCAACAUGCCUGUGGAUGAGACUAAGACCAAGGCUGGUGUUACUGUAUUCCAGACUACGCCGAGCAUGCCCAGCUAUCUGGUUGCUUUCAUUGUCUCGGAGUUUGUGGCCUCAGGCGGCGAAUUGAACGGCUUGCCACAGCGCGUGUUUUCACGCAAAGGCACUGAACACGAACAGGAAUGGGCUCUGACCACCGGCAUGCUGGUGGAGAAGCGUCUCUCUGGCUACUUUGAUGUACCCUUUUCGCUACCCAAGCUAGAUCAGGCUGCUAUACCCGAUUUUGCAGCUGGUGCUAUGGAGAACUGGGGCCUGGCCACCUAUCGCGAGGAGUAUCUGCUGUACAAUACCGAGAACUCCACAGUGAACACGCAGACCAAUAUUGCUACCAUUGAGGCGCAUGAGGAUGCGCAUAUGUGGUUCGGUGAUCUGGUAGCCAUCGAAUGGUGGUCAUAUCUCUGGCUGAAGGAAGGCUUUGCCACGCUCUUUGAGAAUCUGGCUAUCGACUUGGCCUAUCCCGAGUGGGAUAUAUUCCAACUCUUCCAUGCUGGCUCGUAUCAGAACGCCAUGGCUACUGAUGCCAAUCCCAACACACGUGCCAUGACUCAUUUUGUGGAGAAGCCUUCGGAUAUUUCCCAGCUGUAUGACAACAUUGCCUACGCCAAGGCAGGCUCUAUGCUCAACAUGUGGCGUCAUGCACUGACCAAUGCCGUCUUCCAACGUGGUCUGCACAUCUAUCUGGAUACACACAAAUACUCAGCCGCCAAUGAGACGCAUUUGUUUGAUGCCAUAGCGCUGGCUGCAGUCGAAAUGAAUCAUGAAGUGCCCUCCAAGGUGUCUGACAUGAUGGAAAGCUGGACACGUCAAGGCGGUCUGCCAAUGCUGACCGUAGAGCGCAACGGCAAUGAGAUCAAGAUCAAGCAGGAACAGUAUACAAACGACAAGAGCUACACCAGUGAGAAGCUCUGGCAUGUGCCCAUCAACUAUGUGCUGGCAAAUAAACCCGAUUUCCGUGAUACUGUGGCUACGCAUUUCCUUGAAAAAUCCAAGGAAAUAACCAUUAAGGAGUCAGCGCUGACCGACGAUCAGUGGAUCAUACUGAACAAGCAAUCCGUUGGCUACUAUCGCGUUAACUACGAUGCACGCAACUGGCAGCUCAUCACCGAGGGCUUGGCCAAGCGUCCGCAUAAGAUACAUCCCAACAAUCGUGCACAGCUGAUCAGCGAUUUGUAUCGCUUCACCACCAGCGGUCGCGUCUCGCACGGCACGCUGCUCAAUCUGCUGCAGUAUCUGCCACAGGAGACACAGUACUCGCCUUGGUCGGCGGCCAACACCGCGUUCGUACUAUUCAAUCGCUAUUUGAGUGGCGACAAGGACUAUGCCAACUUCCAGUUUUAUGUAUCUGCCUUGGUGAAUGAGCAGUACGACAAGUUUGGCAUCAACGAUGUGGAUGGUGAGCAGCAUUUGGCCAAGUAUACGCGCAAUGUGAUCAUCAAUCUGGCCUGCCUCGCUGGCCUGUCCAACUGUCUGACCGAGACGCGCGCCAAGCUGAACGACCUGGUUGAGAAUGGCAAACACAUUGAGGCCAAUUUGCAGACGCAAGUCUACUGCCAAGGUCUGAAGAAUGCCGACGACAAGAUCUUCAACUUUGUGUUCGACAAGCUAAUGAACUCCAACGAUCAGGCUGAGCGCCGUCUGCUCAUUUCGUCGCUGGGUUGUGCUCAGAACGAGCAGCAGCUGCAGAAGUAUGUGAAGAGCAGCAUUGACAUGAACAAUAAGCUGCGCACACAGGAACGCUCCACUGUGCUGAGCCCAGUCUACUCACGCGGCGAGACCGGUCUGCUGGUCUCCAUGGACUUCUUGAUUGAAAACUGGCAAGAGUAUAGCAAACUGAAUCCUGGCUUUGGUGGUGUUAGCCCACUUUAUGUGGAUGUUGUUUCCAUGUCUGCCUAUGUGGUCAACGAUAAGCAGGAGGCCAAGAUGACGGAGCUGCUGGCAGCCAUUAAGGAUUCGGAAGUCAUGGGCACGCAACUGCAGAGCAGCGUCGAUGCCAACAUCAAGAGCAACAAGGAUUGGCUGGCGUCCAACCGCGAACCCAUCAUUUCGUAUGUCAACCAUUUCCGCAACAGCAGCGCUACCUUUGGAGUUUCCAUGCUGGUGCUAGCUCUAAGUCUGUUGUGCUCCAAGCUUUUCUAGAGCGUUAAGUCACAAGUUAGUUACAACUGUAAGUUAGCUUUAACAUUUUUUGCAAUAAACAUGCGCCAACUGUUAU